AUGGCUUCCGCGUCACCAGCCGCCAAUGGCGGCAUUCCCCCUGCGGAGGGAUUCACAUUGGACCUGACGACGUUGCUUGCCGGCGUCUGGGGUAACAAGCUGAGCGCCCUGGUUCUCGGGCCGUCUGUGGCCGUGUUCCUGUGGUUCUUCGUCGCCUAUCAGACGUCGCCCCUGAAGAAGUACCCCGGCCCUUUUCUCGCAGGGUGGACGAACCUCUGGCGUGUCUGGCAGGUGAUUUCGGGAGAGUAUGCGCCCCGGAUGAAGAAGCUCCACGAGAAGUACGGCCCGAUCGUUCGCAUCGGCCCGAACCUCCUGGACCUCGACAUUCCCGAGCUGUACCGCGUCAUCUACGGCACCGACGGCAAAUGGAUCAAGUCGGACUUCUACAAGAACAGUAGCUCCAUCAUCGAUGGCAAGAUCACGUACCACAUGUUCUCCGAGGUGGACCCCACCCUCCAUGCCCUGAUCAAGCGCCCCGUGGUGCGCCACUACUCGGUGCCCGCCGUGCUGGUGAUGGAACCGUUGAUGGACACCAUCAUCAAGGAGUUUAUCGACACGCUACAAAAGCGCUAUGUUGAGCCCAAGAAGACGUGCGAGUUUGGCGAGUGGCUGAGCUACUACGCCUGGGAUUUCAUGGGCAUGGUGACCUUCAGCACCAAGUUUGGCUACAUGGAGAAAGGCACCGACUUUGACGGCACGCUCGCCAUCGCCGACAAGUCCAUCGACUACCUGGCGCUGUGCGGCCAGAUGCCCUGGACCGACUACAUUCUCGACAAGAACCCCAUCUACCCCAUCGGCCCGCCCAACAUCGGCAACGUCACGCGCAUCGCCGUGCAGAAUCUGACGGCCCGCCUCAAGGGCGAGGACAAGAACUUCACCGAAGGCAACCCCGACUUCCUGCAAUACUUUAUUGAGUCCAAGUCCACCCACCCAGAGCUCGUCAACGACGGCAGCCGCCUCCAACGCGACGUACGCGCCAACUUCGCGGCCUUCGAGCCGGCGGCGCACAGCAAAGCGCGCGCCCUGCCCUACCUGGAGGCCGUCGUCAAGGAGACGCUGCGCUACCACCCGGCGGUGUCCAUGAUCAUGGAGCGGAUUGUGCCCGAGGGGGGAUUGACUCUGCCGGAUGGUAGUGUGGUGCCGGCGGGCCAGAUGGUGGGCAUGAAUCCGUAUAUUGUGGGGAGGAAUAAGGAGGUGUUUGGGGAGGAUGCCGAGGAGUUUAAUCCGGAUCGGUGGUUAAGGAGGGAGGGGGAGGGGGAGGAGGAGCAUAAGGAAAGGAUGGCGCGGUGGGGACAGAGUUUGUUGGCUUUUGGGGGGGGGUAUCGCAUUUGUUUGGGGAGGAAUCUGAGUAUGAUGGAGGUGUAUAAGGUGGUGCCGACGUUGUUGGCGAGUUUUGAUAUCGAGUUGGAGGAUCCGAAUGAGGUGUGGUGGACUUGUUCGAGGUGGUUUUAUCGGACGAAGGGGGUUAUUUCAUGUGGAACGAGUAGUACGCACAUGAAAAUGCAACUUGUGAGCAGCGGCGGCUCUUGUAUGACUUCAUCACGAACCGGUGCACGGCCCUUGAAGAAGUGGUCCGGUCUACAUAUCCUGGACAUCAACCACAAGUUGGUAAAGGUUUGCCAGGACAUGACAUCAAGGUUGAGGCAGAUUUACCCGAAAGUUGAGACCUGCGGCAAAUCCUCCGUCAACUACGCAUCCAAAGUUACCGUCCACUGCGGUUGCCGGGAUUUACGUGGGGGGAAAAGGAAGCGUCCCGAUGACGAUUACGGGGACGACGAGGACGACGAGGAAUAG